GGGGGAAUGUUUUUGGUGUUACUCCUUCCGGGGUAAACGUCAUUCCGCCCUGUUUGUUUUUAACCCACGUGCGUACUGAAAUGUUCUGAUCUGAAUUUUAUCCAGAUAUUUUUCACUGGCUGUGUUCGGUUCUAACAUGGACCUCGCUUCAAAGGACUCCUAUAUUCAGAAACUUGCCAGUAAAGUUAUUUCCCAGCGAGAAAAUGAGCCAAAGAAGAAGAUAUCAUUUGUUCCUUUCAAGGGUAAAAGCGAUGCAGAUCUUCCAGGCAAGAAGAAAAAGAAAUUAAAAAAGAAGAAUUUGAAGGAGAAUGGCAAAGCAGAGACUCUCAAACCCCAACAGAAGCCUCGUGCUUCUCCAGCUGCACAGAAAAACCUUGAAAAAACAAAAGCAACCCUUCAAAGUUUGAACGGAGCCACUUUGCAGAUACCUAAAGGAGGUAAUGCAGAGCCAAGCUUCUCCACUGUGGAUGUAUUGCGUAAAAGGCUGCAUGAGAAGAUUGAAGAGUCCAGAGGACAGGGAGCUCCAAAGGAUGCAUUAUCAGAGGCUGUCAUGGCAAAGCGUGCAAAGCGAAAAAUGGAAAGGGAACGUAAGAAGAGGAAGAGGAAAGAAUUUCUGAUAAAGAAACUAGCAGAGCAAAGCGCUCAGGAACAACCUGCAGAGAUAAAAGAAGAAACAGUUGCUCCUGCCUCUGAGAAAAGAGUCAAAGCGGCCGUUAUCUUUAACAAAGUAGAGACGGUGGACAAGGCGUAUGAAACUAGUAUACAGGCAAAAAUUAAAAGGAAAAAGAGCGAGAAAGGUAAGAUAACGCCACUGACUGGGAAGAACUACAAACAACUUCUGAGCCGAGUGGAAGCUCGCAAAGAGAAGUUGGAGAAGCUGAGGGAGAAGGAUGAGACCAAGGCUUCGGAGAUGGAGAAGAAGAUCAAAUGGACCAACAUGCUCUAUAAGGCAGAGGGCAUCAAAAUCAAGGAUGAUGAAGAUCAGCUACGUGCUUCUUUGAAGAGGAAAGAAAAGAGGCGUGAGCAGAGGAAGAAGAAGUGGGAGCAUCGGAGCGAGAACGUGAUUGAAAAGAUGCAGCAAAGACAGGAUAAGAGGAAGAAGAACCUCCAGAGACGUAAGAAGGCUAAAAUAGAGAAGAAGAAGGACAGAGCCCGGAAGAAGGGAAGAAUCCUACCUGAGGAUUUAAAGAAAGCCGCAGUUUAGGGGGAGAGAAUUUUCCUUAUCCUGUGGAUUUCUUUAUAUGAAAGGUUGUUUUUUACAUGAAAUAAAACUACAUCCUGUCAUACAAACUGUUUCAUAAUUAAGCUGAAAAUUUUGCUUAGAUCUGAUAUGAGUGAUAUUCUGCUGUGAAAUGUGUUUAUUUUAACAAAAGUAAAGAACUUUAUCAUCUA